AUGACAUGGCGCUUCGACGAAAUUCCAGCUUGGCGCUUCGGCCCCGAGCUGUCGCGCGUGCAGCCGCUGCCGGGGUGUGCGGCCCCCAAGGUUGAGUACCGACAGCUCGACCUGGGCAGCCUGGCCAGCGUGCGCAAGUUUGCGCGCGACUUCAACCGAAGCGGCCGGCCCCUGGACCUGCUGGUCUGCAACGCGGGCAUCAUGUCGCCUCCUAAGCGCCUGGUCACCAGCGACGGCCUCGAAAUGCAGUUCCAGGUCAACUUCCUCAGCCACUUUUUGCUCUCGCACGAGCUCCUGGCGGAGCAGCGGCAGCGCCGCCGCCGCACGCAGCAGCGCGCGCGGGGGCAGGUCCGAGGACGAGCGCUGUCGGAGGGUCCGCCGAGCGGCACGCGGCUGGUGCUGCUGUCGUCGCUGACGCACUACGCCGGCCCCGUGCAGUGGGAAGACAAGCAGUCCCUCCGCUCCUACUCGCCCUUCACAUCCUACGCCUUCUCAAAGCUGGCCAACACCAUGUCCGCAUUCGAGUUCCAACGGCGCUUUGCCAGGAAUGCUGCCCGCUAUGGGGACUGCGACAGCGCCGUCAGCGUGCACCCUGGGAUUGUGAACACCGCGCUGGCCACAGGUUUCUUCGAGCAGACGGGCGGCACGGCGCUGCCCUGGGCCGCGGCGGCCGCGCAGGCGGCAAUGCAGCGGCUGUUCCCGCUGGUGCUCCGCAGGCCGGAGGCGUCGGCCGAAGACAUGAUGGUGGCCUGCCACGCGCCCGCCUCGCGGGUGGCGGGGCGCUACCUCAGCAAUGGGCGCGUCUGGCUGGCCAGCGGCUUCGCACGCGACGAGCGGCGCUGCAGGGACCUCUGGGAGCACGCGUGCAGCUUGGCGGGCAUCGAGACGCACGAGAGCCUUGCAUAA